AUGACUGAACCCGUUCAAAUAUACAAAGAGCAUUUUUUCGAAGCCAUCAUCGUUGGUGGAGGCACUGCUGGUCUUGCAACAGCCGCAAGAUUGUGUGAGGACAUGCCAGGAUCUAUAUAUACCGAAGAAGAACACCAAAGGUUUCACUGGUUGAAGCAAAGAGGGAAUAAAGUGAAUUUAAUCAAUCGUAACAUUUCUGCAAAGAAAAACUUCAAACUUCCAUCCGAAAGUCAUUUGUAUAGACAGAAGAAGUUUAUGCCUCAAGAUCUUCUUGUUUUGGAUGCGGUAGCUGACAGGUUUAUGGGACAAUGGGAUAAUCAGUUUGCCUCUUGUCAAAUACCGUAUUUGAGAUCACCGAUGUUUUUCCACCCAGAUCCUGUGAACAUUGAUGGGAUGAUAAGCUUUGCUCACUUGAAUAAACGUGAAGGUCCCAAAGAUUUAAUGGAGAUCCAAAAUGUUGUUGGUAGGGAAUAUUCUAAGCACCAAAUGAAAAAAAUUACUGCGAAAAAUAUGAAGAAGAAUAACCCAGUUCCAGCUAAUAUUAGCGAUACUCAUGAUAAACCUGGUAUCAUCGAUAUUAAUAUGAGAGAUUGGAAAGACUACUACAGGCCCUCCACGGUUUUUUUCCGAGAUUUUUGCAAAGAUAUCGUGAAUCGUUAUCAAUUGGAAAAUUCAGUAAGAAAAGAUGAAGUAGUUUCGAUUGAAUAUCUCGAUAUCAAUGUUGUAGAUACAAACGAGACUGGGAACGGGUUCAUCAUUAAGACCGAAAGUGGCAAAGCAUACGGCUGCAAGAUCUGUAUUGUUGCUAGCGGCCACAGAGGUAAUAUAAAUUAUCCCCUUAAGGCUAUUCAACCAAUACCCAAACCUUUAGAGGCUAGCUGUCACACUUCUCAUUUAUUCAGUCGAGAAGUUGAAUUCCCACAUCAAAAGCUUCAAGCAAAACUUGCAAAACGCCAAACUCCUUCCGUGAUAGUUGUUGGUGGAGGUUUGACUUCGGCUCAAAUUGCUCAUGUCUGUGCUAAUAAGGGAAUUAAAGUUUACUUCUUGACUAGAGGUCCAUUGAAAGUUAAACACUUUGAUUUCCACUUGGAUUGGGUUACAAAAUAUAGAAAUGUGAAAAAAUCUGCUUUCUACAUCAAAGAUACCGACGAAGAAAGAUGGCAGAUGAUCCAAGAUGCAAGAGAAGGUGGUUCUGUUAAUCCCGAAUAUCAUAAGAAGUUGAUGAAACACGUAAGAAGUGGCUCAGUUAAAUUAAUGAGGUUUUCCCAACUAAAGUCAACUCAUUGGAAUGAGUCUAAUAUGACAUGGGAUUGUGAAGUUGAAACUACAAAUUAUGAGAAAAAUAAUGAACAUGACGAAAAACAUUUUGAAAUGAUGAAUUUAUCAGAUAUAGAUUACAUUUAUUGUGCAACAGGAAUCACACCUGAUGUUUGUGGUUUGCCAUUCCUUAAACUGAUUUGUAAAAAUUUUCCAAUUGAUACUGUGAAAGGGUUACCUUGCUUGACUAAUAACCUUCAAUGGAAUGAUCAAAUUCCAUUGUUCAUGCUUGGUAAGAAUGCUUCCUUAAGGACAGGACCAUCUUCUGCUAAUUUAGAUGGAGCCAGAUUAGGUGCUGAAAGAAUUGGAUGGUUCAUACAAGAUGAAAAGGCGAAAGGAACUUUUGAUUGGUCAUGCUGUGAACAUUGUAUAAGUGACAUUCCAGAUACAAAUGAGGAGGAUUUGGAAAGUAAAAUUGAAAAAGACGAAAAUGGAUCCGAUUCUGAUUCUUCCACUGAUGAUGAGGAUGAUGCAUUCAGCACUAGAUUGAAACUUGCUAGUGGACAGAUGAAUUGGUAUUCAAUUUUACAAGAAGCUUAA